GAAAAUCACAUAGCAAACAUUGCCUACCACCCAAAAUGUAGAAGCCUGUUUACUAUGAAAAGAGAUUUAGAAUCUAUUGAGCAAAAAAAAGAAUCAGUUGAGGAAGAACCUAGUCCCAUGUUUGCAUGCAAUGAUCCCAUAUGCAUUUUCUGUAAUAAGGUUUAAUUGUUGAAAAAUUCAAAGUUAAGGGAGAAACUCAUCCAGGCUGUACCUCUAAGAGCAGAUGCGACACUUUGUCAUUGUGUAAUAUUAAACAAUGAUGCAAGAAUUCUUGCUAUAACUAGUAGAGACAUAAUGGCCACAGAAGCCCACUACCCCGCUUCAUGCUGUAAAAGUUCUACUAACAUUGAAACCAUGAAAUUUGAAUGUGAUCAUGUUGGUGAUAAAGAAAAGGAGAAUUUGUCACAGGUAACUGACAUGAUAUCAUACAAAGAAGCUGAAGUAGAAGCAUAUGUACAACUUUUUCAUCACAUUAGAAACGAAGUAACUCCACAUAAGGUCGUAACAGUUGCCAAGCUUACCAAGAGACUGGAAGCAUUCAUAUCCAGCAAGGGUGAAGCUCUCAAAACUGCCACAAAGAACAUUUGUAGAAGGCUUGAAUCAGAACUGGACAAUUCUAUCUACAUUUUCCCAAAGGAUCAAGGA